AUGCCCGCAUAUAACAUUCCAUCAUCUAAAUAUGGAAUGGGUUCUUUCAGUAGAAUGUUACACGACGAUCAAUUUGACAUUCCAUUCAGUUCACAAUUUACGGCGUUGGGGUCAAUGCAGCAACCUGAUCCAUCUACCUCAAACAAUGACAUUUCAUCAUCGAUGCAGUUGCAAAGUUACUCUCCCACGCAAGAACAUGUUCAAACACCACCGUUUCAAACUUUGGUGAAUGCUGAACUUGUUAUAAACAACGAGUUGUCUGUUCUUGAUAUGUAUAAUGACACAAACGACGAGGGUGAAGACGGAGAUGAAGAAGAUGUUAUAAACAACAAUUUGUCUGUGGAUGAUGUUGUUGCUAGAACUCCAUUACCUUGGUUCAGUCAAAUAAACGAGAACUAUGAGGUGGACAUACAUUGGGGUGAUUCGGGGAGCCAGUGUUCGUUUCGUGUCGGGGGAGAAUUUGAGAAGGGCAUGAUUUUCGACAAUAAGAAAGCGCUGCAGGAAAUGGUGAAAUUGUAUUCCAUAGAACGAAAUCAUUUCUACACCACAGUGACGUCGAAUGAGAAUCUCCUUCAUUUAAAAUGCAAGAGGGGGUGUGGUUGGUCGCUACGUGGUACAAAAACAAAUCUAACCACACAUGCCUUUAAGAUCGUAUCUUAUAAGGGCCCACAUCGCGACAAUUGUGUGAAUGAAGUUUCGCCUAGAGAUCACCGACACUUGGACUCCUCUGUUAUCUGUGACUAUGUGAAAUCGUUUGUGCAGAAAGAUCCAUGUUUGAGAGUUGAGUUCAUACAACACAUCAUCUCCAACAAAUUUCAAUUCGAUGUUCCAUAUCGAAGAGCGUGGUAUGCCAAACAGAAAGCGAUUGCGGAAAUUUUUGGGGAUUGGGAGAGUUCGUACAGCAGACUUCCUUCAUUCAUGCAAGCCCUCUAG